AGGCUGAAGGGGAGCGAGUGGUCGCCGCGGCGGGGUGGCUUGGCGGCGCGCGGCGCAGAAGCGUUGGAAUCCUGAAUUGAGACGGCUGCGUCCAGAGACAGCAGGAGUGGCGGGGCCGCCGCCGUCGCCAGAGAGAUGAGCCGGGAAGCCUGAGGCCGGAGACGCCCGCUCUCGGGCCCGUCCGCCCGGCUUCCCCGCUCCCGGCUACUGAAAGAUGAAAGAGACUAUACAAGGGACUGGGUCUUGGAGGCCUGAGCCUCCUGGACCCGGCAUAGCCCCAGCUUACUUAAGCCCCAGGCGGGAGCGUCUUCGUUGGCCCGCACCCCCCAAACCCCGACUCAAAUCAGGUGGCGGGUUUGGGCCAGAUCCUGGGUCAGGGACCACAGUGCCAGCCAGACGCCUCCCUGUCCCUCGGCCCUCUUUUGAUGCCUCAGCUAGUGAAGAGGAUGAAGAAGAAGAGGAGGAUGAAGAUGAAGAUGAGGAAGAGGAAGUGGCAGCUUGGAGGCUGCCCCCUAGAUGGGGUCAGCUGGGAAGCUCCCAGCGGCCUCGCCCUCCCCGCCCUACUCAUCGAAAAACCUGCUCACAGCGCCGCCGCAGAGCUAUGAGAGCCUUCCGGAUGCUGCUCUACUCUAAAAGCACCUCGCUGACAUUCCACUGGAAGCUUUGGGGGCGUCACCGGGGCCGGCGGCGGAGCCUCACACACCCCAAGAACCAUCUUUCACCCCAGGAAGGCGGUGCGACACCACAGGUGCCAUCCCCCUGCUGUCGUUUUGACUCCCCCCGGGGGCCACCUCCACCCCGGCUGGGUCUGCUAGGUGCUCUUAUGGCUGAAGAUGGGGUGAGAAGGUCUCCACCAGUGCCCUCUGGGCCCCCUAUGGAGGAAGAUGGAUUAAGGUGGACUCCAAAGUCUCCUCUGGACCCUGACUCGGGCCUCCUCUCCUGUACUCUGCCUAACGGUUUUGGGGGACCACCUGGGCCAGAAGGGGAGCGAAGUCUGGCACCCCCUGAUGCCAGCAUCCUUAUCAGCAAUGUGUGCAGCAUCGGGGACCAUGUGGCCCAGGAGCUUUUUCAGGGCUCAGAUUUGGGCACUGCAGAAGAGGCAGAGCGUCCUGGGGAGAAAGCUGGCCAGCACAGCCCUCUUCGGGAGGAGCAUGUGACCUGCGUGCAGAGCAUCUUGGAUGAAUUCCUUCAAACUUACGGCAGCCUUAUCCCCCUCAGCACUGAUGAGGUAGUAGAGAAACUGGAGGACAUUUUCCAGCAGGAGUUCUCUACACCUUCCAGGAAGGGCCUGGUGCUGCAGCUGAUCCAGUCAUACCAGCGGAUGCCAGGCAAUGCCAUGGUGAGGGGCUUCCGAGUGGCCUAUAAGCGGCAUGUGCUGACAAUGGAUGACUUGGGGACCUUGUAUGGACAGAACUGGCUCAAUGACCAGGUGAUGAACAUGUAUGGAGACCUGGUCAUGGACACAGUCCCUGAAAAGGUGCAUUUCUUCAACAGUUUCUUCUAUGAUAAACUCCGUACCAAGGGUUAUGAUGGGGUGAAAAGGUGGACCAAAAACGUGGACAUCUUCAAUAAGGAGCUACUGCUAAUCCCCAUCCACCUGGAGGUGCAUUGGUCCCUCAUCUCUGUUGACGUGAGGCGGCGCACCAUCACCUAUUUUGACUCGCAGCGCACCCUAAACCGCCGCUGCCCUAAGCAUAUUGCCAAGUAUCUACAGGCAGAGGCAGUGAAGAAAGACCGGCUAGAUUUCCACCAGGGCUGGAAAGGUUACUUCAAAAUGAAUGUGGCCAGGCAGAAUAAUGACAGUGACUGUGGCGCCUUUGUGUUGCAGUACUGCAAGCACCUGGCCCUGUCUCAGCCAUUCAGCUUCACUCAGCAGGACAUGCCCAAACUUCGGCGACAGAUCUACAAGGAGCUGUGUCACUGCAAACUCACUGUGUGAGCCUCGUAUCCCAGGCCUCAAGCCCAUUAAUGAAUGGGCAGGGGCACAUGGGAGACCCUUCCUUCUCAAGAAACUCCAGUUCCUUUCCUCUUGGCCUUUCCCCACCCAAUUCCCUUUGGUUUUUCAUAUUUAAAUGUUUUAAUUGAUUUCUGUAAUUUUUUUUUCCUUGAGAGAAUACUUGUUGAUUUCUGAUGUUCAGGGGGUGGCCAUGGAAAAGCCCCUUUUUCCCUCAAGUGUGCAGGGGAGUAUGGCCUUGUGGCCUGGGUGGGGCAGUCAUCCCCCUUCCAUGUGCAGAGGGGGACAGGAAAAUCUGUGCUGGGGGUGGUGGGCGGGCAAAGGGAUUACUGCCUGCCAGAUCUUGAAACUUUUUUUUAUAUAUAUAUAUAUAAAUGCCACGGCCCUGCUCUGGUCAAUAAAGGAUCCUUUGGAGAUACA